CGGGAGGCAAGCUUUGGACUUCGCACCCUCGGGUAUGUGCUGCCAGUUUCCCCGCAGCCUGUGUCGUCGCGCUCUGCAGUCCAUGGAAGGAGCCAGGGUCCCCUCGCCCGGAGACGAGCUGGAGCUCUCGGAAGUCCAGAGGCAGCCAGACGAGCGGACGCCUCUCAAUGGAGCCGUCCAGAUCAUCCCUUUCCCGGCCGAGGAGCCAAGUCCAGCCGAGGCUAAGCAGAAAAGCCCUUGGAGCUCCUGCAAUAGGAAAUUGUUCGGAAAGUGUAAACUGUGGAUGGCUAUCCUCUCCAUUUUCGUAGGUCUCAUUAUAAUGAUCAUCAUAAGCUUGUGUCUUAUGAAAGUAACUUACAUCGAUGAAGAUGAAAAUGAAAUACUUGAGUUAUCAUCAAAUAAGACAUUCUUGGUCACACUAAAGAUUCCAGAGGAGUGUGUCACUGAAGAGGAAUUGCCUCACCUGCUCCAGAAAAGGCUUGUAGAUGUGUACAGUUCAUCGCCGUCUCUGAGCCGUUACUUUACUUCAGUGGAAACAAACUUCAGUUUGCCCUUCAGAGGAGAAAAUGCCACCAUAACCUACCACCUGCAGUUUGGGGUUCCAUCCGAAGACAAAAAUUUUAUGAAAUACAUGAUGAGUGAGGAAUUGGUGCUGGGCAUUUUGCUACAGGAUUUCCAUGAUCAGAGCCUGUCUGGCUGUGAGACUCUGGAGCUUGAUCCAGAGUCCCUCCUGCUGUACGAGUGAAGUGGUCGAGGUCGGCCUGUGUCUGAAAGCAGUGAUCCCCUGAACCGUGGGAUGAGGAGAAUUCAUUCCAUUUUGCAGGAAAAAGACUGUGAACUAACACUGAAGCAUGUGCAAUGACGAGAGGUCUGGGCACAGUUCUUUUUCCCCUGCCUGUGCACAGUUACAACGUUCAGCAAAACAGCAGCCGAGAGCUGUCCUGGUUGCACUUGUGAUAAAGGCAGGAGGCCAGACAGGGCAGGGGUGAUGGGGUCGCAGGGCAGACCUUGCAGUGUGAGAUCAGGGCCAUUCUGGAAGCACUAGCUGUUUCCACCCACAUGUGGACACUUUCUUUUAAGUGGUAGAGUAGUCUUUCAGGCAGGAUCCUGCCAAACUGUGCUUGUGGAGUGAGCCCAGGGAAAGGUGGCAGCAGGUCAGGGAGAACUGAGCUGCCGGCUCACUGAAAUCCCCCACCCACUCACCACUGUAUUUGAUCUACCUCUAAGCUAGCCUGUGAGGAAAAGAAGGGCACUUUGCAGGAUCAAAGCAGCCUCGUUCUGUGUCUACUCUCAUGACCUGUAGCUACAUUCCUUAGGUAACCAGCUGUAGGCAGGCACAUCAUCCAAUGUUACUGUGUUAGCUAUAGCUGCAGAAAUAAGAUGUGUGUUUUUAAACUAUUUUUGCAUCUCCUCAGUGUUCCUGUGGCUUCUGAACACCUCUUUUAGCCACAUGCUCCCCUGAGAGUUUUGAACACACUGCUGUCAUUUUGGAUAGUUCUUCCAUGUGUAUUGUCACAGCCUUCCAUCAGGGAAUCAUUAAGACUCUUUCCCGUCUGCUGCAGCUGUUGCACGUGGGCUUUCCAUCGUCCGGUGGCAAUGGCCUUCCUGUAUGACCCAGUGUCUUCAGGCACUGAUUGUGGGUCUUACGGAAGAUGAUGAUGAAACAGGAAGAACCACUCUCUGAAACAAAUUGUUGGAAGCUUAAUGCCUGUUCACUGGCAGGGUGGGGGGAAUAUUAGUGACUAGAUUGGUCAUUUGCAGAUCUAGAACUGCCUGUCAUGAAGGAACAGGAUAUUUGUUUUGUUGGGAAAAUUGUUUGAAAAUUUUCCAGGAGAAAGAGUUUUGUCAUGCUGUAAUGAGAGGUCCUUCACCCUAACAUCUCAGUUAGAUUGGCCUUAGGUGGAAGUGAGAGUUUGAGGGGCAGCUGUGGGAGGGUGUGUCUGAGUGUUGUCUCCCAGGUGGAUUGGCCUUGAGCUCUCUGUGACCCAGGACUCUGGAUAAUGUGAACUUUCUUAUUUAACUGGAAGAUACAUUUAUUUUAACACAGUGUCUCAUUUUGAGGAUAGUUCCUCAAACUAGCGAAACAGGUGAAUUAUCCAUCUUCCUCUUUAUUUUUUACAUGUCAAGUAGAAACUUUAGUAUAUUUGUACUUUUUAGAAAAUAAUGAAAAAAAUUAAUGGAAAUGGAUUUUAAAAUAUUUACAAUAAAUUAUUUUUGCCUCUA